ACAGUUAAGCGUUUAUUGUGACAAAUCAUAAUCUAAGAUAGAUUUAGAAUUAAACUAAGAAAAAGGGAUAAUUUUAUGUUGAAAAUUAAAUCAUAUUUAACGAAACGUUUCAUUAUAUGUUAUUGUUCUGCAUAGCUUUACGAAAUUAAAUUGAAAUGAAAAGAAGAAGACGUAAUCUCAUUGAAUUUAUUUUGUUACAAUGUUUGCUUUAUCUGCUUAUGCAACAGCAUCACGUGACACAAGCUCGAUGCAGUUGGGGAUCGUGGUUGCCAUGGAAUUGCUCAUGUUGUGGAAAUUCUGAUAAUAUACUUGUUUAUAGAGUUAGAGCUAAGUGUUGUGAUAAUACAUAUGAAUGUGUAAACGUAAGAUAUGCGGCUUUAAACAUCACGGAUGUAAAUGAUUUUGAAGAAGAAGGCAAAUGUUUGGAUGAUUGUGGAAAGCUAUUUUCUGACCACAAUCCUCAAACUUGUGUUUCAUCAAAGAUGAAUCUAGAUGAAGUAAAAGGACCAAGCAAAAUUAAAUCGUGUAAAUAUUCGUGUGUGGGAGUUUGGACAACAACAACGCCCGCCACGACACCAACAUCGCCUUCAACUUCUUCAACUACUAACAGAAAGGCAACAACGACUCGUUUUUCAACUUCACGAGCCAGCGGCAACACUUUGACGACUGCCAAAUCAACUCCUGAAGGAUCAAGCACGGUAUCUUCUAACUUCUCAUCUAAUGUGGAAAAUGUCGCAGGUCCAAACGAUACAAAUUAUGGGAUAAUUGGUGGAGUGAUAGGCGGUCUCGUUGUAAUGGCAAUUUGUAUAGGUAUAGGUAUACUAAUCUGGUUAAAGAUAAAGCAAACUAAGGAAAGACGACCAUCUGAACUAGCAAGAACAAGAUUUCGCCAGUAAAUUAUUGUAUUAAUGUGAUAAAGAUAUUGAAUUUUAACCAAACAUGAUUGCAUCGCAACAGUGUAUUUCAGUGUUCAAUUGAAAUUAAAGAAUAGGCAUGACCUGAAUUACCACAGUAGGACAAAGUAUGCACGCUUAAGUUUACAUUAUGUUUUAAUUUUUAGGACAAAACUUUAUCUGAAGUACAUAUCUUGUGUAGUUUGAACUGUCAUUAUUUCUUUCUUUCCAGGUAUAUACAUAUUGAAUAUUUCAUCUCUCUAGCGUCUUAUUCGUUAUGUCUUGAUUUCGGGUUUCCACGUUUCAGAUUACAUUUAUUAGCGAUGCGCAAAGGUGAUUGCCCUAACGGAGCACCGUGGUUUUAACACAUUUUUAUCAACAUAUAGGAAAAGUUCUAACAAUGAGUUCAAUUGAAUUAAAACAAACAGUAAUCAAAAUUUUCUCAAUUAAAUUGAUGUGUAAUAGUUACCGAUUUUAAUAAAAAGUACAAUGUUUUAAACGUAUUAUGUACUGAAAAUGAAAUGAAUAACACUUAUUGGGUCAGUUACACAGUCUUUACUUUAAGAGAUUAUUGUUUAGACAUAUUCGUUUUAUAUUUACCUAUAUUUGUGAAUAAAGUUUGCAAACGAAAGGUUAUUUAUGAAUAAUUACAAAGAUAUGCUUUCCCCCGAGUUGUGUUUUCAUAGUUUUAUAAAGUAAUAAAAAAAUCAGUAUAAAGAAGUGACCUGCAUGUAUUAUCAACAAAAUGAGUUAGUGUUUUGUAAUAAUACUAAUGUACAAUAAUCAACUUCUUGAAAUGUUAAUUUAGAAUAGAUUGGUCACGGUUAAAAUUAAAAACAUAAUACAUAAAUAUUUCUUUGUAUUCAUUUUCAACAUUAUACAUGUAUACAGGUUUUUAACAAAAAUA